UUUUGGGGUGGAUUCGGACACACACAAACAUGUCAAGGAAAUAUAAGAAAGUGGUUGGUGGUCGUGCCAUGUAUACAUCUCUUCCCGACAAGCUCGAAAAGGCUGUUAAAGCUGUAAAAGACGGCAAAUUGUCUGUUAGAAAAGCUGCAGCUCGAUAUAAUGUUAAACGCUCUACUCUCCAAGAUCAUGUAAGCGGACGUCAUCUUGGUAAGCAGGGAGGUCAACCAGCUUUGUCUCUUGAAGAGGAAAAUUUACUCACUGACCGCCUAAUACUGUGUGGUAAAUGGGGGUUUCCACUAACUUUAAUGGAUCUGAGACUUUUUGUUAAAUCCUGCCUAGAUCGGCGUGGCAAAACAGUGAGGGCAUUCAGGAACAAUAUACCUGGGCCUGAGUGGGCUAAAGGAUUUAUGAAAAGGCACCAGAAGCAACUUUCGGAAAGAAAUUCACAAAAUAUAAAAUUGGCCAGAGCAGAAAUUGGCGAAGAAGUUUUAACUACCUACUUUAACAACCUGGAGAAAGAAACCCAAGAUGUUCCGCCCAGUCACAUUGUAAACUACGAUGAGACAAAUUUGACCGACGACCCAGGCCGAAAGAAAAUUGUUGUGAAAAGAGGUAGCAGAUACCCUGAAAGAGUUCAAAAUUUUUCAAAAUCCGCUACCUCUCUCAUGAUUGCUGCAGUGGCGGACGGUACAGUUCUCCCGUACUACGUUGUAUACAGAUCCAAGAAUCUUUAUGACACCUGGACAACUGGAGGUCCGGAACGAUGUCGUUUCAAUCGCAGUCUAAGUGGUUGGUUUGACCAAGUUGGCUUCGAAGACUGGUUUUCCAAUGUCAUUCUUCCUUACAUGAGGCGCUUGAACGGCAGGAAAGUAUUGAUUGGUGACAAUCUUAGCAGUCAUUUGUCGCCGUAUGUAAUUGAAAAGCGCCAAGAACAUGACAUAGCGUUUGUGUUUCUUCCCCCAAAUUCAACCCAUCUUACUCAGCCCUUGGAUGUGGCAUUUUUUAGACCAAUGAAAAUAUUUUGGCGCCAAAUAUUGGACAAGUGGAAAAUCAGCGGCGAAGGACGACGAUGCACUUCCAUUCCAAAAGAUGUAUUCCCACGGCUACUUCAUGAACUUUCAGAGAAAUUAUCUACCACUCAGAGCGAAAAUGUAAAAUCUGGGUUUAAAAAGUGCGGCAUUGUCCCUCACGACUCAACCCCUGUUCUUGAUAGGAUUCCCAGGGAAACCGAGAAAACUCCUGAAGGAGCAGGAGGCCAUGGAGUGGAUGGCACAUUAAUAGCGUUGUUGAAAGACAUGCGUGGUGCAGAUUGUCAACAGCCAAAGAAACGAGCAAAGCGUCUUCGUGUUAAGCCGGGAAAAAGUGUUUCUUCAGAGGAUUUAUCACACAAUGAUGAUGACAACGGCCUAUAUGUGCUGCAUAGUGGUCAGUUUUAUGGGUGGAGCCGGAAACCCGAUGCCAGUGGGUUAACCCAACAGCCUUUUGGUAAUUUACUGGGGAACUUGUUCACCAGUGACGUAUAG